GAAAGCUUCGAGAUAAAUAAACAGAAUUGUGUCUGCGAUGUCGGACGAUUCUGAUAUUGCUCCAUCUGAUUUUCCUUUGUCAUCCUCCGAAGACGAGUUAUUAGAUAAAAAUGAAAUAGCUGACAGAUGCCCACUCUGUCGAAAUGCAAAGAAGUAUUUUUUUUGUUCCGACUGUAUCCGAAACGGAGACUUUUACCCAUCUCAUUGUGUGCAGAGGGACAGCUCACAAAGGUUUAUUGAAAAGAAAAUGGCAUUGCUCAAGGUCAAGGGUGAAAUACGAGAGCUGCUUAGUCUUUCCCAAGGAAUAAUGGCGAAAAAAAGAAGGCUUGAAUUUCUGCACCAAGAAAUAAGAAAUACCAGGGAAAGAAUCCAGCUGUUCAAAAAAUGGAAAGAGGAAGUUCAGAAUUCCUUAGAUACAAAGCAACCAGUUUUGAAUGAGCUUAGAGCCAAGAGAGUCAAUUCCCAAGAAAUGAUCUCUUUGAAUAGUGCUGCCCAGGAAUUAAUGCAAGAUCCAGAAUACAACACAGCAAUCAGACAGCAACUAGAGAUGGACAAACCACAGCUAAAAGAAAUUAUUCAAGAAAAUGUCAAGCUGCUGUUGAAGACAAUAUUUCCCAUAACGUGUGAAGGCCUGAAUGUGAAUGGAGAGGACGACAGCGAAAGCAUGACGACUGUUAAAAACGAGCUAGACGAUGCCAGUCAUACAGCUUAUAUCCGCGGCCAGUGGAUUUACGCAGACACGGGUCACAACGGUCGUUACAGAAUAGCUGGGGCCGAACUGCCGGGCACAGGAGACGUGGAGGCUUACCAGUUUUGCGUUGAACAAACCAAAAAAGAUGGCGACCCGCAGAGACUUUCCCACUUUAAAGUGGCCUUGUCACACGUCACUCAGGUUUGCAAUCUGCUGGCCUUCUACUUCGGUAUCCGUUUGCCCAAAAAAGUGGCUCACUCAGAUUUCAUCAGCAGCGAUUUGGACAUCAAACUUUUUGCCGGAAGGAUCGCUCGUCUCCACGCCAAUGUUCUUUACCUGUGCACAUCCCAAGGAGUGGCUCCCAUCCACCUCCGGCACGCAAACCCUCUCGCGCGACUUUCCACACUCCUGGACUCCAACAUCUGCGAUCUAGGAAGGUCUGGUCCAUUCGAAUUUCAUCCGGAACUGUGGCUGUUUGAGGAGGCUGGCGACGAAGAGGGCUGCCCUACUUCAGGCUCAUCUUCUGACGGUGAGGACGAUUGUGAUAUUCAGGCGGAUUGGGAAUCGGUUGGUCAGCUUCCCGUAGUGGAAUCGGUUGAAGACGGUACCAAGCCUAGUCCUAUGACUUCUACACGGGUAAGAGGCGAUGAAAAUCCAGUGACGAACAGUGUCGUUGGCGUGGUCAGUGGUGUCGCCUCCUUCUGGAAAGCUUUACCUUGGCCAAAAUAAUUUUUCAACAAUUCCAAUUGCACUGCCCCACGAUCGUUUUUCGCGGUCCCAUUCCCCGUCCUGCAGAGUCUUACCAGACUUUCAUUUUUAUCCUAGCCAAUGUUUUUCUACAAAUAUGAUUCUUUGGGAUGGUAUUUUCGUUUCACGACAAUUAAAAACUUUUCAAGUG